UUGAUGUCUCCUCCUAUUUCUUCUUCUUCCUCUUCCUUUCCAUUGUUGUUUCAAGAUCUUCAAAGAAAUGUUCAUCACUCAAGGAAAUUGUUACUACACACUCCUCUAUAUCAACCUUCACAAGAAACUGCAACUCCACCAAGCCAAGGGCAUAAUUGGUCAUCAUCCGAACCCUAUCCCGGCCAAAGUAGCUUUGAUGCAAAUGUAGUGAUGAUCCUUUCAGUUCUCUUGUGUGCUCUAAUUUGUGCACUUGGGCUUAAUUCUAUCAUUAGAUGUGCACUAAGGUGCCCAACCCAAGUGAGUUUUGAAUCAGGUAACAACAACAACAACAGAUCAAAUAAUAGGGAAACCAACACUGGAGUAAAGAAAAAAGCCCUCAAGUUGUUCCCUGUAGUAGCUUACUCAGCUGAGCUAAAGCUACCUGGAUUGGACACUGAGUGUGUCAUAUGCCUCUCCGAGUUCGCACCGGGUGAGCGGGUUAGGGUCCUGCCCAACUGUAACCAUGGAUUCCAUACUCGGUGUAUCGACAAAUGGCUCUUGGAACACUCCUCAUGUCCUACUUGUCGCCACUGCCUGAUUGACACUUGUCAGAAAAUUGUAGGCUGCAGCCAAACAAGUUCGUCGCCACCACCACCACCGCCGCCGCCACAAGAAGUCAUUGUACCUCUAGAACCAGAAGGUUUGAUACGUAGUUACCAUAGUAGUAUCUAAAUAUAGUGUACUUCUCAACUGAUGUUAGAGGUUUGAUCCCAGCUUUCCCACAGGGGGAGGGGGGAAAAGUGUACAAAUUGUACAAAUUUCAUACUUCAAAAAAGAUGUACAAAUUUCAAAUGUAAAGUGCAGACUUCCUUAA